UGCGUGUUUUAUUUUUGACUAACGUCUAGGUAGACCUAACCUCAAUCGGAACGACUUAAACUUACCUCAAUCAACUGUUUUAUUCUCAUAAUAGUUAAUACAGUACUAAGUUAAAAAACUUUAAAAUUUCAUUAUAAGUAAUAGCGUUCUUAAAAGUGGUUGGUGCAAAUUCAUUACAAGAAAUGGUAAGUAAGUAAUAAGUUUCUUCAUUAUGCCACUGUGUGUGUGUGUGUGUUCAAACUCAAAUGUUAUUGUUGUUAAUGUUCUUAUAGUACUUCGUAGGUAGAUAAGUAGGAAUGAAAGCAUAUAAAAAUAAUCUUCGUUGAAGUUUUAAAAAGCACUUAGCGACCUAGCGAAAACGAUGCAAAACUACUGCACGACACAAAAUCAUUGGGCUUUAUUAACAGGCGUUUACAAAUAGUGUAAAUACUUAGUGAUCUUAACUAUUUACUUUAUUUAUAUAUUAUACAUUUUUAAAAACUAUAAAAUAUUAAAGAAGCUAACACCGUUUUGCUUGUUUUUUAACACCAUACCUAACGUAUUAUUUAAUGUACCUAAUAACAAUUCAUUUUACUACUUUUUUUUUGUUUAAACGUGCUAAUUGCUGAGACUACUAAUAAUUAAAAAUUACUGCUCUGGUCCUGUGAUUUAGUGGUGAAAUUUCUGGUAAUUAACCUAUGAAUCGCGGGUUCAAGCCCCGUCCGUACCUACAUGGCUAAUAUUUACGGGAUAUUUGUUUUGGUUUGAGUCUGGGUGUUUUUUAGUCUGUUGUCUGUUGUGGUGUGGGGUGUGAAAUUUGCAUGGCUUUGCUCGCAGGGUGACUCUAAGGGAAAAGGAGAUGGUAGUGGUGGGUUGAAACGUAAUACAGGUGGCAGUUCAUUAAAAAAAAUAGAUUCAUAUUUCAUAAAGAAACCAAGGCUUGAGAUUGCUCAGUCGAAAAAUUUACCUACAACUACUACCCAUGCUUCUGCUUCUACAGCUACAUUGCCUACAUUUACCUUAGAUGAAGAAAAAUCAUGUUCUUCCGUUAUUAACGAUAUUCAGCCUAUAUUAUCUACGUCGACUUCAGAUUCUGAUCAGAUAAAGACUUCAGUUUCUCAAUCAGAAUUUGCUUCUGAUAUUGCAUGUUAUAUAGGGAACAAUAUAGAUGAUUCAUCUAAAGCUAUGUUGCUUGAAAAGCAUUGGCAGCCUCCCCCUAAUUACACUUUCCCGCACUGUGUUGUUAAUAAAAAAGGGAAACAAACAAAAAAAUAUGCUCAGAAGUCCCACCUUGACAAGUUUCACUGGCUUGUUUUGUCGCAUAAAGGCCAGGGUCUUUACUGCAAGUACUGUGCUUUGUUUGCCAUAGCUCCUAGAGGUGGUAUACAGACAAAAACACAUUUAUGUCGACUCGUAAAAGAGCCCUUAAAAGCUUUUGAUAAUUUGCUUGGUGAAAAUGGUGUUCUGUUGACACACCAGCGAAACAAAUACCACGAGUUAGCUGUCGAAGCAGGGAAGAACUUUUUGUUGACUUUUCACAAACCAGAAUUUAAUAUAAUGAACCAAGUAAGUAGUCAAAGACUGACACAAAUAAAUGAAAAUAGAGAACGUUUGCGACCAAUCGUAAAAACUAUAAUAUUUUGUGGUCGUCAAAAUAUAUCGUUACGUGGCCAUCGCGACGAUGGUAAAUUGUUGAGCUAUGACAGCGUGGUAGCCGAUGAAGGAAAUUUUAGAGCCCUUUUAAAAUUCCGUAUAGAUUCUGGCGAUACUGCCUUGCAGCAACAUUUAGAAUCUUCAAAGUCCAACGCCACGUACAUCAGCAAGACUGUACAAAAUGAGUUGAUAGAUGUUUGCGCAGAAAUUAUUCAGGAAAAUAUUUUACAGAAUAUACGGGAAGCUAAAUUUUUUUCAAUUUUGUUCGAUGAAACAACAGAUAUAUCACAUAUCUCACAUCUGAGCCUAUCAUUUCGAUAUUUUCAUAAUGGUAUUAUAAAGGAACAUUUUGUAACUUUCUGUGAUACUUACGAUGCUCUUCGACGUGAAGAAAACAAUUCAGGUGAUAUAGAGCCUCGAUUGACAGGUGUAUCAUUGGCGAAAAUCGUUGCAAAUCUGUGUACCAAAUUUAACGUAGAUAUAACUUGGUGUGUGGGUAUUGGAACUGACAGCUGCUCGGUUAUGGCAUCAGAAACGAAAGGUGCAGUGCAAGAAUUGACGAAAAUAGCCAUUCACGCCAAACGAUGCCCGUGCAACAACCAUGUACUUAAUAACUCGUUGGCUAGAUCAUCCAAAGUAGUUUCUUGUCGCAAUACAUCUGGCACAAUGAGAAAAGUUGUAGCAUUUGCCAAUGCAUCCGCUAAGAGGCAUGAAAUUUUUAAAAAAGAACUCGGAGUUGCCAUGCAAGGUAUCUGUGAGACACGUUGGGUAGAGAGGCAUGAUGGGCAUCUUCAAUUUCAAGGAGACAACUUAGUCAAAAUUUGUAGCGCUCUGGAGAAGAUUUCUACUUGGCAAGACAGCAAAACUGCUAAUGAUGCCCAUUGCUUGCUGCAAACAUUGCGCAGUUCUGACUUUAUUAUAUCCUCCAUCUGUUUAAGUGAUGUAUUAGGCGUUACUGUAUCUUUAAGCAGAAUACUGCAAUCGAACUCAAUUGAUUUAAAAAAAGCUGCGGACGCUAUUAAUGAUACUAUAAGUGUUCUACAAAAUAAAAGAGAAAAUGCGGACGUUAUUUACCGACAGCUUUUUGAAGAGGCUAAAGAAGUGGCUGGGCAGCUAGAUGUAGAAAUUAAAUGUCCCAGAAUAGUGUCAAGACAAAUACAUAGGGCCAAUAACCAACCUGCUCAAUCUGCUGAAGAGUAUUUCCGCAGAGCUAUAUACAUCCCUCUUCUAGAUUCAAUAAUAAAUGACCUAGAGGACCGUAUGUCUCUUGAAGUACUUAAUUUGUUUCAGCUCAGCGUUUUCAUGCCAAAAAGCGAAUACAGUAAUCAAGACAUUGAAACUGUGAAACAACUAGCAACCGAUUAUACAUUGUUACUAGAUAAUACUCCAGUUUCUGUCGUUGUAAACGAAUAUCGACUGUGGAUGAUGAAGUGGCAGCGGAGUCAGGACAUGCCGCAGUCGAUUUCUGACCUUAUUUUAAAUUGCGAUAUUGAAAUGUAUCCUAAUAUAAGAAAAUUUUUAUGUAUUAUGGCUACACUACCUGUUAGUAUAGCGACAGCGGAAAGAUCUUUCUCUACAUUACGAAGAAUCAAAUCAUGGCUAAGAGCUGCAAUGGUUGAAGAACGUCUAACCGGACUGGCGCUUCUCCACGUCCAUAAAAACAUACCCAUUGAAGCAGAUGAAGUGAUAACGCGUUUUGGGAGAAGACGUAAAAGAAAAAUUGAUUUUGUAAUUUAAAUAUAUUAUCAAAAUUAAAUUAUAACUUCUUGUGA